GUUUGAGCGAAGUGUUUAGAAAGUUGUAAGGGAGUUACGAAGGAUCGGGCAAGUUGACACCCUUGAUUAGGAUUGACAUUUGUCGGCAAAGAUGCCGGCAUUAAGUCUCUCGAAGCUAGUUGACCUGGCUCUCGGCACACCCGAGGUGGGGGCCGUCAACUUCAACAUUCUUCACUCUCUGCUGCACGCCAUGAUACAGCACUUGAAAAUAUCAGAAAUCACAGCAGACAUAAACGAAAGUGAUCGUGAUUUCCUAAGUGGACCGGAGAAAAUGCAACUUCUAAGCAGUCUGUCAAGUGAUAGUGGCAGAGAUGAUUCACAGGAUACGCACAGUGAGAAAUCCGGAGCAGAUAUACGCAAACGUCGCCCACCAUACCAUCAACUGGAGACGAAAGUUGCUAGAUUAGCGGAACAGCUAGAACAACUAAAUGCUCUUCCAUCAACAAAUGAACUGUUUCAACAGAUUAAAGCAACCGGUGAUAUUGAUAGACCAACGCCAAUGGCAGAUCUUUGGAAAUCAAUGCAAAUCAGUAAACGAGUGAGUGCUAACGAAGAUGGUGUGGGAAAGCUGAUGUCAAUGGUAGAGGACCUGAUGAGAGAAAUGUCUACACUUAAGGAUGAUUAUAGCAGAAUGGAUCGCUUGGAGACAAAUAUGAAACGUCUGAUGGAAGAAAAUAACAGUUUGAAAGACAGGAUCAAUAAUCUGGGAAUAGAGGAUUUAUUGAACAGGCUCAGUGACUUGGAUGCUUACACAAAAGAAUUGAAUGAGAAAUUUGAGAUGUUGCCUUCAGCUGAGGAUAUGGCUUCGUAUGUUACCUGGCCUGUUCUGGAGGAUGCUCUCAACGGUGUUCGCAGUGACAUGAAGGAAUUGUAUAGUAGCAAACCAGUUUUUGGAGCUCAAGAUGAAUCGCGUUCAAGGCCCACAUCCUCCAGAACUAGCACCAGAUUAAGUGGUGGUAGCUCCGGACCAUCACUACAUACGCUGGACAUCUUAGAACGACUAGGUAGAAUUUCUGGAGACCACGAAGCCUUAGAGCAGAGAGUUGAUAUAAUAGAGGAAGAGAUGAAGAACAAAGUCGACAAGGAUUUCCUUGAGCAGUCCCUGGAAGAAAUGAACCACCAUCUGUUUGAAGAUUUUGCUAAACAGCUGGAGCAGAUUAAGACAGACAUUGCAAAUCUCCAAAAUGAGAUGCAAGGUAGCAGAGACCAGAUGAAACCUGUAGGUGUUAUUUUCGAUCCUAGUCAUGGAGUUGGUUCUGUUCAUGAUAUCGCCAUACCUUCCAAGAAGGGAAGUGCCAUGCUGCCGCCCCUGUCUAAGGCCGGCAACUUAAGUCCAGUUUUUGCGGAGUCCCUGCACCACAGACCAGGGAGCCCAGAUAAAAGAUAUAAUCGGAUAAUGGAACAUACAGGAAAUCUUGGAAGGCAGGUUUCAGAUUUAGAGAAUAAAGUGAAACAGCUGCAGGAAUAUGUGAUGGGAGGAAGUGUUCACUUUCAUGAGCCCCUGGAGGAGAGUGAGAUGAUGAUGCAUGUGGGUGUGCUGGAGACAGCGUCAGAACAUGAGCUGCUGCUGCCUGAGGGUCCACCACUGUCCCCACACCCUGCUCCUCAGCUUAGUCCAGGCAACACUGCACAGAUUGAUAUACAACCUGAUAUCCAUAAUUCCCAAGACAUUUUGUCCAUCUUUUCAACAUCAGAUUCUCCAGAUGAUGGAGACAUUGAGGGAAAAAAGAGAAAGUCUCAACCAGUUACUAAUGACCAGUUGCUGAAGCUAGGGAAAGUUUUCAACCUUGAGCUCCGAGGUCUGAAGGAAAAGCUGAUUCGUAGAGAUGAAGGCUUUAAGAAAAUGGAGAAGGGCCUAGAUAAAAUUUUUAAGAAAGCUCAACGAUCUGGUGCCUCAAGAACGGAUAUGGAAGCUCUGAUGAGAGCUCAAAAGGCAAUUCACGUGCUGAGGGAGGAUGUAGAUAAACUACAGACAACCACCUAUGACAUUCUCCAGGAGAAUGACACAAGGACCAAACAGAUAGAGUCACUGUUCCAGUACUGUGACAAAUUACAGGAUGUAAAGGCAGACAAGGAGUAUGUAGAAAUGGAGGUGGAUGUGAAAGCAGAUAAGCGGCUGCUAGAGGCUAAAGUUAACCAUAGCCUCUUUGAGAGUACCACAGAUGAAAUCAAUCAGCUCAUCCAGGAAAUACAAGACAAACUCAAUGGCAAUGCUUUUGACUGGAAGGAUGCUAUAACAAAGCUGACAUCAGAGCUGGAAUCCAAGCUGGAUCGCAUGGAAUUGAAGUCUUUGAAGGAAUGGCUGGAGAGUCGACUGAAGGCUCUCAACCAGAAGAUCAAACAGUCAUCUACCUGGGAGGAUGAUGAUGCUGCAGGAUUGAGGAAACAAUUGCUGCAGAGGUUCCACUGUAUAUCAUGUGACAGGCCUGUGGAUAUAAUGAUGGGCGGCCCAGUGCCCUCAGUCCCCGGGAACAAUGGCCUGCCAGGCACACGCUCUCCUAGGCCCUACACCACAUAUGAGCUCGACCAAAUCAGACAACAUGCUAAAAGUCAUGUGAUCGGUAGGAAUGCAGGUAACUAUGAGCGAGCGCUUGCACAGCGUGAAAUGGCUAAACUGAGAAAGACAGACACGCAAAAGUUCAUGUUACAGCAGUAUCAACAAUCUGAGGCCUGUCAUGGAGAUGUGGAUGAGCUGGCUGGUCAGGAAACUUCAGACUUUUAUGCACCAGAUCGACCAUGUGGGGGAAGCCACACCCUGACAUACCCACAUAAGCGGGUAACCAAGAUGUCACACCUCAACCACUUGUUCCAAAAUGAACCAGUUAUCCCUUCACCUGCUCCAGUAGCAUUCAAACACGACUCUGAGCUGGAUAUUUUGGGUGUGGAUGGUCACAUCUACAAGGGACGAAUAAAAAAGCAAGACCCUUCACGCAGAUAUCCCCUGGCAGCUGCUUAUCAAGCGAUGGCUGCCGAGGAGAGGAAUCUGGCACGACCCCCAACCAGUGCUGGGUCCACCAAGCCCACUACCACCCCAGUGCCUCCCCCCUUUCGGCAACGCCCCACAUCAGCUGUUCCCCGACCGGCAUCAGGAGGGUCUGUUCAGCGCAUUAACUCUGCUCGCCUCACCAUGAGGCCUCAAUCUGCUCGACCUAGCUCCCGGCCUGGCUCCACUACACCUUCACCUCCACCGGAGGAGCCUCGCCAUUUCCUCCCCAAUGAAGAGGAGGAGCAACAAGAGCAGCAGCAAGAACAGCAACAAGAGCUGCCGAAGGAGGCAACAGAGCAAGUCCGGGCCCCAUCUCCAGAACCUGUUGAGGUUCCAGUGGAUACCCCCAGAGAGGAAAGUGCUGAUGUUGAAGAAGAUUAAGGAGGCUUAGAUAUAAGCCAUGUGGGUUCCACAUACAUUUGUAUUUUUGUUUUUUCAUACACAGUAAUUUUGGAUCUUUAUAUGAGGGUUUUGUAAAGAAAUAUUGAAAUUAUGUUUGUUACAAGUUAAUGCUUCCCAUGUUAUAGAUCAUGAACCUAGAUUUAUAUAUAUACAUAUAUAUACAUAGACAAAUAUUUACGUACUUACAUUUCUAUGUAAACAUACCAAGCUUACAAAUACAGCAUUAUGAAACAGUAGCAGUUAUAUUGAGGAUGUAAUUAUCAUGGUUACUUCAGCUUGUUCAGUGCUCUACAGUGGCUGUCCCAAAAGUUGAUGUCUGCUACUGCUGAAAUAUUUUAAUGGAGCUGGGCUAAAAUGAAAUUUGGUUUUGAUACUAGCACAGAUCUGUGUCUUAAUGUAAUGUCCCUCAAGGUAAUGCUGUUGCUUAAUGUUGAUGGUAUUUUGUUGAGGCACUUAUUGUUGAUGCAGAAUUUGUAUCCAAUCAGAUCAUGGGAUAUUUUACACUUACAGUAUUUACAUUGAUGUUGCUGAUAAAUUUCUUGACUUAGGAAGGUUCUAGGUAUUUGAAGGCACAUGUGCAUGGUGUCAAAUUUUGUACGGUAAUAUGUUUCCCUACCAGGCCAUAUUAAGAAAAAAAACACCUAUAAAAACAUACACAUUUGUUUUGUAGAUAGACAAUGCCUGGAGCAUGAAUGCACAUUGUUAGUCAAAAUAAGUGUUAUUUUAUAUUAGGUUGAGAUAAAAUUAUCCAUACAACAUGUUUUGUCAUUACUUUCUCAAGCAUCACUGGUGUAUUUGUUUGUACCCUUAGCUGUACUAGUUCCACUACCUCCGUAUGGCAUAUACUUGAUAUUUCUUUUAGUGCAAUGAUGUCCUUUAUCAUAAACAUAUAUUUAGCUAACAAAUUAGUUUCACUGUGAUAAUGAUAUAUGAAUGCAUUUCCCCAAAUUUGUAAGGCUUUAUUAAUAACUGAGAAAAGUACAAAAAUCAGUGACUGAAUACUGUUGCCACAGACAGAAACUUUUACUUCAAGGCCAGUCAUGUGAAUGAAAUAUGCAAAUGAUUCAAGUUCAUUCCUUGUAAGAUUCCGUCCAGAUGUUUUCAUGACCCCAUGCAUUAUCUUAAUUGUGAUGAUGCUGUAGAUUUUACUGUAAGGUUCUGUUUGAGUUGGAGUCUGAUAUUUCUGUACUUUAUUGUAUGUGUAAUUAGUUUAUAUCACCUGCACACUUUUUAAAAUUUUAAUGGUGUUUUAAUGUGCACACAUCUUAUUUUCACAACUCGUUUUUAUAGAGCUAUAGGAACUGACAACUGCUUUGAUAAUAAAAUAUAAAUCCAAGAAACAUA